ACUGCGAGUCGCGUUGCAAGUGUUUUUUGUGAGUUGCUGUGCUGUUGUUGGCAGCCGUCGUCGUCGUCAUUACGAAUCAGCAUAGAAACUCGUUUAUUUUCCAAGUGUGUGUGUGCGCGCUGGUGUCAGUCAUCACUGAUUGUGUCAGCAGCCUGCUUUGAUUUGGUCACACAUUUUUCGACAGCAAACAAAAAUUAAAUGCCUCGUGCGCGAAUCAGCUUCAUAUCUGUAGUGUGAUGAUCGGAAGAAUUUUUAUCGUCUUGAGACAUUGAUACUGCGGUGGAAUAUUUAUGCAAAUCCAGUGGUAGAAUAUGUGGAAAACGAUUGUCGCGCGGAAAACUAACUUGAAAGCGAUCGCCAUCUUUUUGUUUUGCGUUGAUUGAAUACCUGAUUAGGAAACCUGACAAAUUUUUGCUGCAAAACCGGAGAGAGAGACGUGUCUAUGUGCGGGUGAAUUGUAAUAAACAGUAUAACUUCCUUGCGUAAAAAAAAACACCAUAGCUUUAGGAAGUGCGCUUUGCCAAGCAACAAAAACAAAUCAAAUCUUUGAAAUCAACCAAUAAAAGAUGCAUCCAGCAAAGGGAGGAGCAGUAGGAGCCGGAGGUUUUACUUACCUUUCCCUUCCAGAAGGACACAAACAGGAAGACAAACAUACCACCGACAGCGGAGCUGUAGAUUCCGGGUUCCAUUCGGGGCAAAACUUGAGUUCCGAUAACUUCACCAGCUCUUCGUUCGAAGUGCAACAGGAAGCUCCGCUGGAACCGCUGUUUGUAUCCGGCAGUCACAAGUCUGCAUCCACACAACAGCAGGAGGAAGACUCCCAAACGUUCGACUCCGGUGUGGAUCUCGAUUCGAGCCAACAGCUUCGUUCCAGCGAUUCGAUGAAGGUGGACAACAUGAACGAUUUGUGUAAAAGCUUGCUUCAGCUGCAGAUGAGCCGAAAGAAACCGACGUGGGAAAAAUAUUUCCACCAGAACGACGACGGUGAUACAUAUCUCCAUUUGGCCGUGAUACACGAGGCCACCGAAGUCGUCUGCAAGCUGAUACGUGCCGCUCCGCGGCCCUGGCUUGACAUUCAGAAUGACAUCGGCCAGACGCCGUUGCAUCUGUCGGUCCUAACCGGCCAGUCACGGCUCGUUCGGCGGUUAAUCCUGGCCGGUGCCAAAGCUGGAAUACGGGACGUGGAAGGAAACACACCGCUGCAUUUGGCCUGCCUGCAUAGCAACAACGAAUGCGCCAAGGAGUUGCUGACCCCGUUGACUGCCGUCGAGCUGCAGCAGAGCAGUCCUGCCGUUCAGGCGGCUAUCAAAAUUCCACAAGACCUCGAACAGUGGAACUACAAUGGAAAACGAUGUGUUCACAUAGCAGCCGAAACGUCCAACAUUGAGAUUCUGCGAUAUCUGCUCAACGCCGGAGCCGACAUCAAUUCACGGGAAGGUAAAUCAGGCCUGACGCCACUGCACAUUGCCAUCGAGUCAGGCAACGAGUCGCUGCUGAAUUUCCUGCUCGACGAGUGUCCCAAGCUUCGGCUGGAGCAGGUUACCUACGCUGGUCUAACGGCUUAUCAACUGGCCGGCCUCCAGCACAAUCAGAGUCUGCUGAAUGGACUGCGAAGUCGCGGUGCCGAACCACUGACCCCACCGGAGAGUGACUACGACGACGACGAGAGCGAGGAGGACGAUCAGUAAACACUUCCUCAGCUGCUUCUACUACUACUACUACUACUACUACUAGUCGUAUCCUAUCUCUUUGUGUAUGUGUGUGUGACCCCCCCUAUCCUAUGGUACUAUCACUGGUGGUGGCGGUGGUGACAAAUCGUUAUGUGUGUCGUCUGUUCGGCUGACAGUGGUGCGAGCAAGUGAGCAAACACAUCCCCAUCGUUGAUUAGUUUAUAAGGGAAAAAGACUUUAUCCUAAAAAGAGAAUAAACAAAAAAAAACAAAAUACAAGUUAAAAACUUAACACUUAAUAAUCAUGUUCACGCAUAGUCUCACUAAUUAAGCCAAUUAUUUAUGUUUUUUGUAAAUACUAAAACCAAACUAUCGUUCGUUAGGUUUAGGCAAACUGUUACGUGUAUGUUUUGUACAUAGCAAAAAAUAAAUUAAUUAAAAAACAAACCACUAAAUGUGUAAGUUGGACUGCUGUCUGUCGUUUCGUUUUCGAAAACGAUUCAUUUAUUUUACUCGUGUGUUCUGGCUUGAGGAAAAAAAAGCAAAAUAUUAAUUAUUCCAAUCCAUUUUCUCCCUGUCGCCUUACAGAUUCCAACAUAUUACGGAUCGAAUGCAUUCUGUAGCAGUUUUGCGGGACUUUCCACGAUCAAUGUAGCAUAAUUUUUCUCCUUUUUUCUCUUGGUUCAAUUAAUCAACGCAAAUAGUAUACAAAUAAUUUAACACCCUUUCCAAUUAGCGCGACCGGUACUUGAUUAAACGCAGAAGACCUCUAGACUAGAAUGUUAAAUUGAGUUCCGACGAUCAGUGUUGUGUUGAGUGUUUCUAAUCGAUAGCUUUCGGUAAGGUCUUCUCGAUCGCACAACGACUAGAAAGAUUACAAUUAGGCGAGAUUCUGAACACCAUCCUAGUAGAGAAUCGGUUUUGCCACCAGAAUUGCAGUAAUGUUUUGUUAUCUUACUAUCCAAUGCCUUAGGAAACCCGAUUACAUCAUGUUUAUUCGUAGAGAGUAGCAUCCUUAUAUGUGUAAAUCUGUUUUGUAUGUUAUUCUUCUCGUAUUUAUACACAAAUAUACAAACAAAACUAAAAGCAUCAGAACACUAUGUAAAUUACCAGUGCAACAAUGCAACCAGCAAACACCGACGCAUCUCACCGGCCAUUCAAAGAAUUGUGCGUUGCGUAAUCGAUGUUCUUGUAACUGUAAUAAAGCUAGCAUAUUUUACGGAACCUA